AUGAUGAAAGUUCAAGUUAUUUCAAGAGAAAAUAUCCAACCUUCAUCUCCAACACCAAAUCACCUCAAAAAAUUCAAUCUUUGUCUCUUAGAUCAACUCAUUCCAGCUCCUUAUGCACCAAUUAUACUCUUUUAUCCAAAUCUCAACAACGUUAAACUCCGCGAAAAAUCAUCAUUGUUAAAGAAAUCACUAGCUCAAACUUUGUCAUCCUUUUAUCCCCUAGCAGGGAGGUUUAAAGAUGAACUCUCUAUUGAUUGCAAUGAUCAAGGAGUUAAUUAUGUUACAACUAAUGUUAAUUGCCAUCUAAUCGAUUACCUAAACGAACCAAACCUCGAAUCAAUUGGUCAAUUUCUUCCUUGUCAACCUCCUUUUAAGGUCUUAGGUGUAGGAGAUUAUGUGACAAACAUUCAAAUUAAUGUUUUUGAAUGUGGUGGGAUUGCAAUUGGUUUAUGUAUAGCACAUAAGGUUCUUGAUGGAGCAGGACUUAGUACAUUUCUUAAAAAUUGGUCUGGAUUAGUAACAUGUCCUAAUUUAAUGGCUAAUUACUUUUUUCCAUGUGAUGAUUUGUGGUUAAGAGACACAUCUAUGACAAUGUGGAGUUCAAUGUUCAAGAAAGGAAAUUUUGUUACAAAAAGGUUUGUGUUUAAUGACUCUGUUAUAGACAACCUUAAAAGAAUGUCAACAAGUGCACAUAUUAAAUAUCCUACUAAAGUUGAGGUUGUCUCAUCUUUCAUAUGGAAAUGUUUAAUAGCUUCUAAUAACAAGUCUAAUUCAUUGCUAACACACAUUGUGAACUUGAGGAAAAGAGCAGCACCAGCUUUGCCAGAGAACAUACUUGGAAAUCUUAUUUGGUUAUCUAGUGCAAAAAAUAAUACCGCGAAAAGUGAUGUGGUGUUGUCUGAUUUGGUGAAUCAAGUGAGGAGAUCUAUAUUGAGGAUUGAUGAUUGUUAUGUUAAAAGGCUACGAGGCGAUGAAGGGUGUAGUUUGAUGAGGAAAUCUCUUAAGGAGAUUGGAGAUUUUUGCUCAAAAGGUGCAAAUCACUAUGGUUUUAGUAGUUGGUGCAAGUUUGGAUUCUAUGACAUUGAUUUUGGAUUUGGAAAACCAAUAUGGGUGAGUAGUAUAAGUUCUAAAUGUUCAUUUUUCAUGAAUCUUAUUAUACUUAUGGAAUCAAGUAGGUGUGAUAAUGGAAUUGAAGCAUGGGUGACUUUGGAUGAAGAAGAAAUGAACAUGUUAGUUAGUAAUCAAGAACUCUUGGUUUUUGCUUCCAUAGACCCUAGCCCUCUUCCUCUCUACCUCCCGGGGUAGGUGUAAGCUCCACAUACACUCU